UUUUGUCUCGCACAGCUGAGGCGCGCGCUGACUGCGGAUCCUAAAUCCCGUGUUUAAUGCGCGCCGAGUGGACGCGUCGCAGCUCGCUCCUCUUUGUCCUAUUGUUUCCCGACUUCGCCAGGCGAGACCAAAACAGUCCCGAUGCUCACUUUUGCCAGCGGGCGGAAUUCAGAAAUGGAAGAAUCGAGUCGGGGACACGUGAUGGAUCCCUGUGAGUCUCCAGCCAAACGGAAGAGGUGUGACAGCGAGCAGUCCUCCUGCAGCGUGCUGGAGUACAACGACCUGGAGGCCGCCGAGGCCUUAGUCUUCAUGAGUGCCUGGCGGCAGAGGUCCCACCGGCCGGACCCUUGCAAGGCCCGACCCCUGACGCCGGCCUCCGACUCCUGCGACUCCCUCCCCCACGGCGAGCCCACAGAGAUCCCCAAGGACUUCGUCUCACUCUCAUCACUGUGCAUGACACCACCGCACAGCCCCAGCUUUGCCGAGAGCCUGGCCACCAGCACACUGACCACCGCAUCACCACCAGGUGGCGCUUGCCUGGCCCAGUCCUGCCACCCCAGGAACUCUCACCCCAGUACGACCAGCCAAUCAGAGCCCACCGCCACACCCCCCUGCAGGGCCAUGGCCACCAGCGUCAUACGGCACACGGCCGACAGCCUCCCGCACCAGCCUGUUCUGGCCCCGGGGAAGCUGGACCAGGCCAAGAUGGCCGCCCCUCACAAAGCAGAGGACCUAAACGUGCCCAAAAGUUCGGCCGGCCCUCCCACGGAGUCGGGCUUCUCGAGCACCAGAGGCGAGGCACCCACCCUCCUGCCCCCAGCCCCCAUCUCCAGCUCCCCUAUCAUUUGCCAGAUGCUGCCAGUAAACACUCAGCCUGGAAUGAUCUCUGCCAUCAUCCAAGCCCCUGUCCGGAGCUCCGCCCACACGGUGAAGCCCAUCCUGCCCCAGACAGCUGCAUUCCCGCAGCCCAUCCUUGUGACGCCCCCGGUGACCCAGGGCACGGUGAUGUUUGUGGUGCCUCAGUCCCCCGUGCCUCAGCAUUGUCCGCAGACCGUCGUGACCCUGGGUAACACCAAGCUGCUGCCCCUGGCCCCCGCCCCGCUCUAUGUGCCUUCUGGUCAGAGUGGCGUUAUCAACAUGGACUUCUCCCGUCGCCGGAAUUACGUCUGCAACUUCCCGGGCUGCCGGAAGACCUACUUCAAGAGCUCGCAUCUGAAGGCGCACCUCAGAACUCACACAGGUGAGAAACCCUUCAGCUGCAACUGGGAUGACUGCGACAAGAAGUUUGCACGCUCCGACGAGCUCUCCCGCCACAGGCGCACGCACACGGGAGAGAAGAAGUUUGCAUGCCCAGUGUGUGACCGUCGCUUCAUGCGCAGUGACCACCUGACCAAGCACGCCCGCCGACACAUGACCGCCAGAAAGAUCCCCACCUGGCAGGCUGAGGUCCGCCACCUCAAUAGAUUGGCCAUGGCCAAGGCUUCUCCCACUACAGCUGGCCCCGCCCUCCCUAUAGGGGCUCCUCCCUCCCUAUAGGGGCUCCUCCCACUCCAGCUGGCUCUGCCCUCCCUAUAGGGGCUCCUCCCACUCCAGCUGGCUCCUCCCUCCCUAUAGGGGCUCCUCCCACUCCAGCUGGCUCCGCCCUCCCUAUAGGGGCUCCUCCCACUCCAGUUGGCUCUGCCCUCCCUAUAGGGGCUCCUCCCACUCCAGCUGGCUCCACCCUCCCUAUA